AUGGCAUCCAUGUCAGUAGCAAGGAAAGCUCUCGGUGAUUUAAUCAAAGCAUUCAAACCACUAUCAGACAGAGUACUGGUAGAACGGUUUGCAGCAGAGACGAAAACCAAAGGUGGAAUUAUGAUUCCAGACAAAGCACAAGGAAAAGUUCUGGAAGCAACAGUAAUUUCUACUGGACCUGGUGGACGUGAUAGUAAGGGAAAUUUGGUUCCGAUGACUGUUCAGGCAGGAGACCAUGUUUUGCUUCCUGAAUAUGGCGGCACAAAGGUUGUUGUUGACGAAAAGGAAUACCACAUAUUUCGAGAGGCAGAUAUUCUUGGAAAAUUCGACCAGUAA